AUGGACGCUGGCUCUAAAGCACCCCUUGUGCCGGUCACGUCAACUGACCAUGCUGGGUACAUUAUCGUCACCAUCUACGGAGCAUUGUUCACCACGGCAGUCUUUUGGCUCGUAAGACUGGUCUUCCGCUUCCAGAAGCUUCGACCGAGAUGGGACGAUGGGUUUUUGAUAUGCUCUAUGCUAUUCGCGAUUUUGCAAACAGUAUGCAUGCAACUGUCGACGAGCGCAGGACUAGGAAAGCAGAAGCGAACGCUUGAGCAUGGCGACAGCUGGGAGAAGUCAUUCUUCGCUGCCCAACUUCUCAACGUCUUGUCGCAACUGUGCUCGAAACUAUCCGUGAGCCUACUGUUCCAGUCCUUCCAACCAUUCAAGGGCAUCUCGAAAGCAAAUAAAGCCUCACUGGUGCUUCAUACGGCGUGGCUAGUCGCUUCGGUCAUUGCUCUUGCACUGCAGUGUGGACCACCUAACCCAUGGCAUCUCAGAGCUGACCGUUGCGUCAGUUUGCGAUCUCUUGAGCUUGGCAUAGACCUAGUCAACAUAUUCUCGGAAGUCUGCCUGAUUGCUCUGCCGACAGCACUCAUGCCACAGGUCCAGACCACUGUGCAGAUCCAGAUAUUGGUCAUUGUGUGCUUUGCUUGUCGGACGGCGGUGAUUGGUACACUCGGCGGUCAUAUUUCCUCUCUUCACCAUCUGGAGAUCUUCGACGACCCUUCAUGGUCUUACACCAUGCCCGCAAUCUGGUCGCAGGUCGUGAUGAACGUAUCGAUCUUGACUGCCGCCAUCCCUGGUAUGCAGCAGUUCUUGGCAGACCUCCGACCGGGCAUGACGACUUUGACAGUCAGAGAUGCGCAUCAAGAGACGAGCAAUUCCGCUUCGGUGUUUGGUGCGAAUAGUCGAGCUCGAGCUACGGCGUACAGUGAUUCGAAGGGCAAUUCGUGGGAGCUCAGCAAAUUGGAUUCGGUCAUGAGGUCGAAGGGUGGGACCAGGCAAGAGCGAAGACAUUCGGAGUCGGAGAGUGUGGAGCGCUUGACACCUCAUCCGAACAAUAUUGUGGUGACGAGAGAGUUUGUUUCGUAUAUCGAGGACUAA